AGGGGAGGGGACGUGCGGCCGGGGCGGCAGGAGCCGUGGGGGCGGGGCCCAGGCUUGAGAGCUCAGGGCUCUGGCCGCAUGGAUCGUGGUUCGCUGGCCGGCCUGCGGCGGCCUGCGGAGGAAGAGUGGGGCGGCCCCGGGGACGCGAAACGGGCCUGCAGGGCCAUCGUGGCCGGAUCCGGGGAGGAUGCCGGCCACUGGCCGUGCUGGACCACCGAGCGGAGCUCCCAAGCCAAGAGCUUCCUGACGCGGGAGAUGGUGCCGGCGGACGUCCCAGGCAGACAGAGCGCCGCGAUUUCUGGCCACAACGGAAGGCGGCCCCCCCAGCCCUGCUCACGAUGCCUGGCCGGCCAGUCCGGCCAUUUAAGCCAUACCAUGAGUUGCUAGAAGAGGUAAGCAGGCAGCGCAGGCCGAGCCGCCAUCUCCUCAGGAUGCUUCAGGGAAACGUGGCCCAGCUGGAUCGAAGGGCCCAAGAACGCGGGGCUGUUACCUCCUGGGAAGCCCCUGGCUCCCUGGUCCUCCUCUCCGGGGCUCUGAAGAGCAGCAGCGCCGCUGCCGCCGCCUCCUCCGCGCAGGAAUAACUCCCACCCUGCCAAGCGUCCUGGGUCCUCCCCAGGGGGGCGGGGCGGUCAGUGAGUCCCCUCCCAGAGGCAGCCUGUCCCUCCUGCUGGAUGCCUUUGGCGAGCCAGGCCGCUGGUGCCCACUUUUAAUAGAAAUUAUUUUUGUAUGACAAAAAUGUAUGUUCUCUCCUGCCACAUAAAGCUGGGAGGACUCGGCUCCA